AUGGUAUCAUUCCUACAUAUACUUUCGUUGACCGCUGUCGCGUUUGCUUCAACUGUUCCUACCUAUUCAAAUAAAACAGAUGUCACCCCUGAGGCAUUCUUCUCAAAUAUCCAACUUACAGAUGCUUACUCUGGAAAUGCUAACUGUUCCGAUCCAAAUCAUUGGUUCUUAGUGGAAGGUGAACUAUUUGUUCCUCAAGGAACUGAUUCAGAUUUAUACUUCACAAUACCACGAGAUUUCGGAUCAUUACCAGAUGGCCCAUUUGAUUUAUUAUUCGAUUCUUCCAAGAUCGGUUCUAUCAACUACAAUGAUUCCAAUAUUUUUACUGUUUCUUUCUUAAAGGAAGAAUUGACGUCAAAUGUUACCACUACUUUUAACUUCUUAACAAAAUUAUCAGGUCAAUCUCAACUGGCUAUUUCCGGUCCACAACAAUCUGAAUAUACUUUCAAUGUCUCUUCCGGUACAGCUUUCACAGAAACUAUUAAUUACAUUGCUCCAGAUAUUUCUGAUCUAACUACGAAUGGUGGUAUUGAAGAUGGAAAUAAUACCGCAUGGUUUACCGCUAAUAUCCCAAUUUCUACUUUCUUAGAACCAGUGGAUUUUAUUUCUCAACUUUCAGACAGUAAUAAAUUUGAUAUUUCUAGUCUCUCCAUUGAAAUUGUUACUAGCGUCGGUUCAUUUAACCAACCAUUAACUUCUGUUCCUUUCACUGCUGUCGAUGACCAAUCCACAUCAUCUCAAAUUAAAUUAUUAUUCGAUACUAAUUUAAGUGGUGGUAAGUAUGUUCGUAUUUCAUACUCUUCCGAUUCAUUAAAUGCUGCUAUAAUUACCUCUCAAGUUGAACUCCUCUAUCCAAACGUUACAUCUACUUCUUCUAAUUUGGUAAAGAGGGACACUUCCAUAGUUUUGGACUCAGUAUUAUAUGCUUCCGCUAUGGCAAACAUUGACACUACUUCAAAUCCAUCCGCCGACUCCGAAUCAACCGUUCCUGAUAACGUGUCUUUGACCAACGAUAUUUACAAGACAUUUAUCCUAGUUUCAUCCGUUCAAUCUGAGGUUCUUACCGAAUUCGGUACUUACAUCCCAAUCACUACUUUCCCAAAUGAUACAUCAUCUGUUACUAGCAUGGUUUCUAACUCUAGUGCAUCAACAACAGCAAUUUCUACAUCUGUUACAGAAACGAUUUCCACUUCAAGUGAACCAUCAGUAGCAUUUUCCACCUCCGUCAUUGAUUACACUUCUUCAAGUGUUUCAAGCACAAGUGAUUUUGCUUCUCCUUCUUUUUCCAAAUCAAACUUUUUCAAUUCCACAACUACAACAAGUACAGUUAAUCCUGCCACCAUAACUGAUAUCAAUACAUCUUAUCAACUACUUACCUCAACACAAGCUGAAGAAGAUGAAUACGAUACUGAAUUGAUCCCAAUUAACACACUACAUAAUAAUAACAGUACGAAAAUUGAGACAAUCACAUCAUGUUCAAAUGGAUGCACAACAAGUGUUCCAAAACAUAUUGUAUCAACAGAGUUAGAUGUUUCAAAGAAUAGUACUCAAAUUACUUCAACUAUUGCUGCUGAAUUAUCAGAAGAAGAAUAUUUGUUAGGAUCUUCCACUAUUUCAACUAAAACAAGUUCUCCAAAGCAACCUACAGUAGUGAAUAGUUUAGAUAUUUCUAAGAACACUACUCAAGUCACUUCCACAAUUUCUGCUGAAUUGUCAGAGGAAGAAUAUCUUCUAGGUUCAUCUGUUAUUCCAACCUCAACAAGUAUCCCAGAGCAAUCUCCUGUUAUCUCCACAGACUUUGAUAUUUUCAAAAACAGUACUGAAGUUACUUCUACAAUUCCAGCUGACUUGUCUGAAGAAGAAUAUUUACUAGGUGCAUCAACUAUCACAACUUCUACAUGUGCCCCAACUCAAUCUCCUGUUGUUUCCACCGGUUUAGAUAUCUUCAAGAACAGUACUCAAAUAACAUCUACCAUUUCUGCAGAUCUAUCCGAAGAAGAAUACUUACUAGGUGCUUCGACUAUUCCAACUACCAAAAAUAUUAUUAAUCCAACCGUAACAAAGACACAAAAUUCAAAAAAGACAAUGACAAUUACCUCAUGUUCUAACGGAUGUACAGCAGCAACUGCACCCUCAUUUAUUUCCAGCAAUUCAACCAUUCUAAGAAAUAGUACACAAAUAACAUCAUCUCUUCAAGCACAAGUCACUGAACUAAACUCGUUAUUAGGUUCUUCUGUCAUGAAAACUAGUUAUAUCCAUCAUUACUCUGCAUCACAAACAACCUCUAGAUUGAUAUCUGUGUUUGAAGCCGGAGCAAGUCACAUAAGGUUGACCUUUGGUGGUGCUCUAAUAGCUUUAGCAGCCCAAUUUUUAUAA